AUGGCAGGUCAAUGGCAGGGGUGGAGGGGCUGGAACUUAUGGUGGUGCUGGGGAAAGAGGGGUGGAGGGGCUGGAACUUAUGGUGGUGCUGGGGAAAGAGGUACGGUGACUGGAAAAGCUUGUCCAAAAGGGCUUUAUGGAACAUUCUGUGAGGAAUGUCCAGCCGGCACAUAUAAAAAUGAAACAGGAUCUGAUAGAGCGCUUUGUUUUCCGUGCCCAGCUGAUGAGCUUCCCAAUCGUGCUGUUUACACUACCAUCCGAGGUGGCAUUACUGAAACACCUUGUCCCUACAAAUGCAAUUCGGAAAGAUAUCACAUGCCCCAUUGUUAUACGGCUCUCGAGGAGUUGAUGUACACAUUCGGUGGGCCUUGGUUGUUUGGUCUUCUUCUUUUGGGUCUCCUCAUCUUGCUAGCAGUGGUACUUAGUGUUGCACGAAUGAAGUUUGUUGGUGUAGAUGAAUUACCGGGCCCCACUCCUACACAGCACAGCUCUCAAAUUGAUCACUCAUUUCCUUUCCUGGAGUCACUGAAUGAGGUUUUAGAGACAAACAGAGUUGAGGAGUCACAGAGGCAUGUACAUAGAAUUUAUUUUUUGGGUUCGAAUACAUUCGGUGAACCUUGGCAUCUUCUUCAUACACCUCCAGAACAAGUGAAAGAAAUUAUAUAUGAAGGUCCAUACAUCAGAUUUGUGGACGAGAUUAAUGCUAUAGCUGCUUACCAGUGGUGGGAGGGAUCAAUGUACAGUAUUCUAUGCAUUCUUGCGUAUCCUCUUGCAUGGUCAUGGCAACAGUGGCGCCAGAGAACGAAGUUACAACGACUUCGUGAAUUCGUGAGGUCCGAGUAUGAUCAUUCUUGCUUACGGUCUUGUCGCUCACGUGCUCUCUAUGAAGGGCUGAAGGUGGCUGCAACAUCUGAUCUAUUGCUAGCAUAUGUGGACUUUUUUCUUGGUGGCAAUGAAAAGAGAGAUGAUCUUCCUCCUCGUAUUCAUGAAAGAUUUCCAUUGUCUUUAGUGUUUGGAGGUGAUGGAAGUUACAUGGCUCCUUUCUCACUUAACAAUGACAAUAUUUUAGCUAGUCUUAUGAGUCAGUUUAUCCCACCUACAACGUGGUAUAGGUUUGUAGCUGGUUUGAAUGCACAGUUGCGCUUGGUACGUCGGGGUUGCCUCAGAGUAAUGUUUCAGCCUGUCAUUAGAUGGCUGGAAACUCUUGCAAAUCCUGCUUUGAGGGUCUAUGGUGUACACGUUGAUAUAGCGUGGUUUCAAGCUACAAGUGGUGGUUAUUGCCAGUAUGGACUUUUGGUAUAUGCUGUUGAAGAAGAAACUGGGUGUAGAUCUUUCGGAACUAUUGUUGGAGCAGCUCAAGGACAGCAACAUUCACGUGCUGGCAGUAAUUCGAAGGAAAAUUAUUCGGGUCCCCCGAGGGUAGAGAUUCUCUUAAAUAACACUCAUAGAAACACCGAAAUUAGUACAAGGCAGACAGUUUCUGGUGGGAUUUUAGAUCUUAACAGCUUAAAAAUGCUUGAGGAGAAGAGAGGGAUGUUUUUCCUCUCUUUUCUAAUUCAUAACACUAAACCAAUUGGCCACCAGGAUCUUGUUGGUUUGGUCAUCUCAAUGCUGCUUUUAGGAGAUUUUAGCUUAGUUUUGCUUAUUUUGCUCCACUUGUAUUCAAUUUCAUUAGCAGACGUCUUUCUGGUUUUGUUUAUUUUACCACUUGGUAUUUUGCUUCCAUUCCCUGCUGGAAUUAGUGCUCUAUUCAGUCAUGGACCUAGGCGUUCUGCUGGGCUUGCACGUGUUUAUGCUUUGUGGAAUAUAACGUCUGUGGUUAAUGUUGUUGUUGCAUUCAUUUGCGGGUACAUCCACUACAGUAACCAGUCAAGUACAAAACUUACAGCCUUUGAACCAUGGAACAUGGAUGAGAGUGAAUGGUGGAUUUUUCCCCUAGCGCUGGUUUUCUGUAAAUGUAUCCAGUCCCGGUUCAUCAAUUGGCAUGUUGCAAAUUUGGAGAUUCAAGAUCGGUCGUUGUAUAGUAAAGACUUUGAACUAUUCUGGCAAUCAUGAUAUUUGUCAAGCAGACAUCUUCAAGGAUCCAGAGUAACCCUUUUUCCCGUUUCGUUUUCAUAUGUUCCUCUUUUUGCUAUCUUUUUCAAUGAGUAGGUGAAUGAUCAACGCAG